CUGGACAUCCCCCUCCUCUCUCUGCCCCGAGCCAGCGUGGCGCCCGCCUUCUACCUUGUCCCGCCGCCUGGGGUCGCCGCCCUGUGGGAACAGGACAGUUGGAACGCGGAAUUGGAUGAAGUAAUUGAUCACUAAUGAACUACAGUGCUGUUGAGAUGUGCAAGAAAUUAUAAAGAGCGCUGAUGGGCUAUUUGGGUGAUACCCAGUGCAGUGAACUGCAGGAUUUUUGUCCCUGAGUCAUGGAAGACAGAAGAGCUGAAAAGUCAUGUGAACAAGCAUGUGAGUCAUUGAAGAGGCAGGACUAUGACAUGGCCCUCCAGCACUGCACAGAGGCCCUGCUUUCCCUUGGCCAGUACUCCAUGGCAGACUUCGCAGGGCCAUGUCCACUGGAUAUAGAGCGUAUCAAAAUCGAGAGUCUUCUUUACAGAAUUGCCUCAUUCUUGCAACUGAAAAACUACGGGCAAGCUGAUGAAGAUUGUAGGCAUGUACUGGGGGAAGGACUGGCCAAGGGAGAGGCUGCCUUCCGGGCGGUGCUGUGCUGCAUGCAGCUCAAAGGGAAGCUCCAGCUUGUGUCCUCCAUCCUUGCCAAGUCACUAUCAGGAGAGUCUCUGAAUGGGAUGGUAACGAAAGAUUUGACAAGACUCAAGACACUUCUCGCAGAGACGGAGACAGCAACAAGUAAUGUCCUCUCUGGAUGUCAUGUGGAAGACUUAGAUGAAGGGUCUUGUAACGGUUGGCAUUUCCGCCCGCCACCCAGGGGAAUCACAAGCAGCGAGGAAUAUACUUUGUGUAAAAGGUUUUUAGAGCAAGGAAUCUGUAGGUAUGGUGCCCAGUGUACUUCAGCACAUUCCCAGGAAGAACUAGCAGAGUGGCAGAAAAGGUACGCCUCCCGGUUAAUAAAACUGAAGCAGCAAAAUGAGAACAAACAGCUCUCGGGCAGCUACAUGGAGACCUUGAUAGAGAAGUGGAUGAGCUCGCUGUCUCCUGAGAAAGUGCUUAGCGAAUGCAUAGAGGGAGUUCAGGUGGAGCACAACCCUGACCUGUCGGUCACCGUCAACACCAAAAAAUCUCACCAGACAUGGACCUUUGCUCUGACCUGUAAGCCUGCAAGAAUGCUGUAUCGGGUAGCAUUGCUUUAUGAUGCUCAUCGUCCUCAUUUUAGUAUCAUUGCCAUAUCUGCCGGAGAUAGUACUACCCAGGUAUCACAAGAAGUCCCUGAAAACUGUCAAGAAUGGAUAGGAGGAAAGAUGGCCCAAAAUGGAUUAGAUCAUUACGUGUAUAAAGUCGGGAUAGCAUUUAACACAGAAAUAUUUGGAACUUUUCGCCAAACCAUAGUUUUCGACUUUGGAUUGGAGCCAGUACUCAUGCAAAGAGUAAUGAUUGAUGCAGCUUCUACAGAAGAUCUUGAAUAUCUGAUGCAUGCAAAACAGCAGCUGGUAACCACAGCCAAGCGCUGGGAUUCUUCUUCUAAGACUAUUGUAGAUUUUGAACCUAAUGAAACUACUGACUUGGAGAAGAGCCUUCUGAUCAGAUACCAAAUUCCUCUUUCUGCUGACCAGCUGUUUACACAGUCCGUUUUAGACAAAUCAUUGACCAAGGCUAACUAUCAGUCACGGUUGCAUGACCUGCUUUAUAUUGAGGAGAUAGCCCAGUAUAAAGAAGUCAGCAAGUUCAACCUUAAAGUGCAAUUGCAGAUUUUAGCAAGCUUCAUGCUCACUGGAGUUUCUGGGGGUGCAAAGUAUGCUCAGAAUGGACAACUUUUUGGUCGUUUUAAGCUUACUGAAACCCUUUCUGAAGAUACUUUGGCUGGAAGACUGGUGAUGACCAAAGUCAAUGCUGUUUAUUUAUUACCAGUCCCUAAAGAGAAGCUAGUACAGACCCAGGGAACCAAAGAGAAGGUUUAUGAAGCUACUAUUGAAGAAAAAACAAAAGAGUAUAUAUUUUUAAGGAUAUCCAGGGAAUGCUGUGAAGAGCUUAAUCUUCGGCCUGACUGUGACACACAGGUCGAGCUUCAGUUUCAGUUGAAUCGAUUACCCCUCUGUGAAAUGCAUUAUGCACUAGACAGGAUUAAGGACAAUGGUGUUUUGUUUCCAGACAUCAGUAUGACUCCUACCAUACCUUGGAGUCCUAACAGACAAUGGGAUGAGCAGUUGGAUCCUCGGCUAAAUGCAAAACAGAAGGAAGCUGUUCUGGCCAUCACCACACCGCUCUCCAUCCAGCUGCCACCUGUCCUCAUCAUCGGACCCUAUGGGACAGGCAAAACCUUCACGCUGGCUCAGGCCGUCAAGCACAUACUGCAGCAGCAGGAGACGAGCAGGAUUCUCAUUUGCACCCAUUCUAAUAGUGCUGCUGACCUCUACAUAAAGGAUUAUUUACAUCCAUAUGUAGAAGCAGGCAAUCCCCAGGCAAGACCUCUCAGGGUGUACUUCCGAAACCGCUGGGUGAAGACUGUCCACCCGGUUGUGCACCAGUACUGUUUGAUCUCAAGCACACAUUCCACCUUUCAGAUGCCCCAGAAGGAAGACAUUCUUAAACAUCGAGUGCUGGUGGUCACACUGAAUACUUCCCAGUACCUCUGCCAGCUGGACCUUGAACCCGGGGUUUUUACGCACAUUCUGUUAGAUGAAGCUGCCCAGGCCAUGGAAUGCGAGACCAUUAUGCCUCUAGCCUUGGCCACGAAAGACACGCGGAUUGUUUUGGCUGGUGAUCAUAUGCAGCUCAGUCCUUUUGUUUACAGCGAGUUUGCCAGGGAGAGAAACCUUCACGUUUCAUUACUUGAUCGACUCUACGAGCAUUACCCUGCCGAGUUUCCAUGUAGGAUCCUCCUCUGUGAGAACUACCGCUCCCAUGAAGCUAUCAUCAACUAUACCUCUGAGCUUUUCUAUGAGGGUAAACUGAUGGCCAGUGGAAAGCAGCCAGCACACAAGGACUUCUACCCACUAACGUUCUUUACUGCACGAGGGGAAGACGUACAAGAGAAAAAUAGCACAGCCUUUUAUAACAAUGCAGAGGUGUUUGAAGUGGUGGAGCGUGUAGAAGAGCUAAGAAGGAAGUGGCCAGUUGCCUGGGGGAAGUUAGAUGAUGGCAGUAUUGGUGUGGUGACUCCAUAUGCUGACCAGGUGUUUAGGAUCCGUGCUGAACUUCGGAAAAAGAGACUCUCGGAUGUGAAUGUAGAAAGGGUGCUGAAUGUUCAAGGAAAGCAAUUCAGAGUUCUGUUUCUUAGCACAGUACGUACACGCCACACUUGCAAGCAUAAGCAGACACCGAUUAAAAAGAAAGAGCAACUUCUGGAAGACUCCACUGAGGACUUGGAUUAUGGUUUUUUGUCUAACUACAAACUUCUCAAUACUGCCAUCACAAGAGCACAGUCCCUGGUUGCUGUGGUGGGAGACCCUGUUGCUCUGUGCUCUAUUGGAAGGUGUAGGAAGUUUUGGGAGCGAUUUAUUGCCCUGUGUCAUGAAAAUCAUAGCCUACAUGGGAUCACAUUUGAACAGAUCAAGGCACAGUUAGAGGCUUUAGAACUCAAGAAGACAUAUGUGUUGAAUCCACUGGCUCCUGAAUUUAUUCCCCGGGCUUUACGACUGCAGCAUUCAGGAAACAGCAGCAGACUGCAGCAGUCACCACCCAAGGGGAAAAGCCUUCAUCAUCCCCAGAGCGACCAUUUCCAGAAUGAUGGUGUUGUUCAGCCCAAUCCUUCUGUACUCAUUGGCAAUCCUAUUAGAGCAUUUACACCUCCACCCCCUCUUGGACCUCACCCAAGUUUGGGAAAGUCUCCAAGCCCCGUUCAAAGAAUAGAUCCUCACACCGGGACAAGUAUUCUUUAUGUACCUGCUGUCUAUGGAGGGAAUGUGGUCAUGUCGGUGCCUUUGCCUGUGCCAUGGACAGGAUACCAGGGUAGGUUUGCAGUUGAUCCUCGGAUUAUUACACACCCAGCAGCGAUGGCCUACAAUAUGAACUUAUUACAUACACAUGGACGUGGAUCGCCGAUCCCCUAUGGCCUUGGACAUCACCCACCUGUCAACAUAGGGCAGCCGCAGAAUCAGCAUGUAGAGAAGGAUCAACAGGAGCAAAAUCGAAACGGUAAAACUGAUACAAAUAACCCUGGACCUGAAAUUAAUAAGAUCCGAACACCAGAGAAAAAGCCUACAGAGCCCAAACAGGUUGAUUUGGAAUCAAAUCCACAGAACAGAAGUCCUGAAUCACGUCCCAGCGUUGCUUAUUCCAAUAUGAAAUUUCCUCGAAAAGAUAAUCUCAACCCACGACACGUAACUCUUCCUCUUCCUGCACCACACGCACAGUAUGCAAUCCCUAGCCGCCAUUUUCAUCCGCUUCCUCAGCUACCCAGGCCACCAUUUCCCAUUCCCCAGCAGCACACCUUGUUAAAUCAGCAGCAGAAUAAUUUGCCUGAACAACCAAAUCAGGUGGCACCCCAGCCAAAUCAGGUGGCACCCCAGCCAAAUCAGGUGGUCCAGCAGCAAAGCCAGGCACCACCACAGGCCCCGCAGCCACUGCCUCAACUCCCUCCUGCAUUUCAGGCAGGGUCUACCAGUGCGUUUUUCAAUAAUGCAGCUGCUCACAGACCACAGUCUCCUGCUGCAGAGGCUGUGGUUCCCGAGCAGCAGCCACCUCCCGUGCUUCCUGACGGUCACAGUCCGCUGAGAGCCAUCACACAGCCUGGUCCCAUCCUGGCAUCUCCUCUGAACAACUUUGUUGAUGAGAGCUCCCCAGGAUUGCCUAUAGGAGAUGCUUUGGAUCGAGUACAUGGAAGUGUAGCUCUGGAGACACUGAGGCAGCAGCAGGCCCGGCUGCAGCAGUGGAGUGAACAGCAUGCCUAUCUCAGCCAGGGCAGCAUCCCGUAUCCACACCAUCACCAUCCUCACCUCCCGCAUCUUCCCCAGCCUCCCCUUGGCCUCCACCAGCCAGCAGUGAGGGCAGAGUGGAAACUUGCUGGCAGAGUUGAGGAUGAAGCAGAGACACCAUUCUCAAGGUUUCAAGACUUACUCAGAGAGCUGUCUCAUCGUGACCAAGGUGACACCCGAGAACAGACUGAAAUGCCACCACCUCAAUCAAGACUUUUGCAAUACAGACAAGUUCAGACCAGAAGCCCACCAGCAGUCCCGUCCCCCCCUUCCACCACAGACCACAGCAGCCACUUUUCUAACUUUAAUGACAACAGCAGAGACAUUGAAGUAGCCAACAACCCAGCAUUCCCACAGCGCCUCCCACCUCAGCUCUUCGGCUCCCCCUUUUCGUUGCCAUCUGAACACCUUGCCCCACCUCCCCUGAAAUACCUGGCUCCUGAAGGAGCGUGGAAUUUUGCUAACUUGCAACAGAAUCACUUAAUAGGGCCGGGUUUUCCCUAUGGCCUACCUCCAUUGCCUCCCAGGCCACCGCAGAACCCUUUUCUACACAUACAGAACCAUCAACAUGCUAUUGGUCAAGAGCCCUUUCACCCCCUGUCACCUCGCACAGUAUCUUCUUCUUCGCUCCCCAGCCUAGAAGAGUAUGAGCCCAGAGGACCUGGUCGGCCCUUGUACCAAAGAAGAAUUUCAUCUAGCUCAGCCCAGCCUUGUGUGGAAGAGGCAAGUACUCCACAAGGCAGCCUGGCUCAGGGCAAAGAACUGCAGGACCGCAAUCGCCCUCCUGCUUUCAGCUUCCCAGCCCCUGAGUCCUGGGCCAACACCACCUCGUCUGCCCCCUACCAGAACAUUCCGUGCAAUGGACCCAGCAGGACAGCACAGCCCAGAGAGUUGAUAGCACCACCCAAGACUGUCAAACCCGCUGAGGAUCAGCUGAAGCCUGACGGCACGGAGGUGUCCAGUUCCUUCAACUACACGGUGCUGCAGCACCUUGGCCAGUUCCCUCCCCUCAUGCCCAACAAGCAGAUCGCAGAGUCGGCCAACAGCAGCAGCCAGCAGAGCCCGGCAGGGAGCAAGCCCGCCAUGUCCUAUGCCAGUGCGCUGCGUGCCCCGCCCAAGCCCAGACCGCCACCCGAGCAGGCCAAGAAGGGCAGCGACCCGCUGUCCCUGUUCCAGGAGCUCAGCCUGGGUAGCAGCCCGGGCAGCAACGGCUUCUACUCCUACUUCAAGUGACCGCGCGCACUCUCAGAACGUUGAGGUCGAGUUUGUCGUAGGGUUGAGGUGGCAGGCUCCUCUGUGCACAGUCUCUGCGUGAUGUUGACCGCGCGCUCACUCGGCCCCUUGCUGCUAGACCUGCGCCUAAGUUUAAAAGUAUAUUCCAUUACUUUGCAUUUUUGAUGUGAGUCAGAACUUUGACAGCUUUUAUGUAGAAUAAAAAUAUUUUUAAAUUCGUGUAUUGUUACAUAUGUUUGCAUCAAGCUAGCAGCUAAGAGGUUAAUUGUGCAACUAUAAAAAAGAAAAAAAAAUUUGUCUAAAAUGUAUUUAAAAAGAAAAAAUGUUAAGUAGCAUUUACAUUUAUUCAAUAAUAUUACCACAUGCUGGGUUUCUGUACCAGAAAUGGCCAGUUGUUGUACAAAUGUAUGUUAUUUUUGCUUAAAUUCAUUUAAAAAUUUUUUUAAAUAAAGGGGCAGCAUCUUCUAAAUACUUUAUCAGCUUUUUUUUUUUUUUUUUUGGUGACAGGAUGCUGUAUUCUAAAACUUUCAGAGUUUUAGACUAUCUGUGACAUGCUGUUCUCUCCAUCAGCGUAGGGUAAAGGUCAAGGCCUUCUUUGCCCGUGUAUUCUGUAUGCCAUUGGGUUUUGAAAUGUGAAAAAAAAAGAAAAAGAAAAAAGAAAAAAAAAAGAAAACAAAAACAACAAUAACAAAAAAAGUCAGCAACCCAAAACCCAGUGGCAUAUUUAGUUUUUGUUGUUUGGGUUUUUUGGAGAAGCAACGCUUACAGCUUGUUUUUAAUGUUAAUUUCAUAGUAUGGUUUUGUUGUUGUUGUUGUUUUUGGUUUUUUUGUUUUUGUUUUUUAAACAAAUCAUGAAGCUGAAAAAUUUUUAGGAUUGUUGGUGCUUAGUAGACUUGAUAACUAUUUUAAAACUGCGUGAAUUUAGUGAAAAAAAAAUCUUCUUUCUCAUUCUGCAUGUGUAAGUGUUUGUAGCCUGGCCCCUCCUCCAGGGCAGAAAGAACUGUGCCGACUAAAGGUUUGGGUUUCUUUUCCUCCAGUGAAAAUUUUGGUACCUUAUUUGAUGUUUACAUUAAGAUAUGACAUUACACAUGGCAAUUCUAAGAUUUUUCUAGUUGUUCUGUGUGAGGAAGAUCAUAAAAGAACAGUGUUUGUCCAAAAAUCGAUCAAAUCUAGGGCAUGUUUCGUAUCUUUUGAUUCUUCAGGAAUUCCCCCUUGAACUCACUGAACAUAAAAAAUUUAAACAACUGUCUGCAGUAGUCUGCAGCCCGACAGUUGUGAAUGAAUGUGGAAAGGGAGGAAGAGGCUGUCCUUUCCAUGUGUUCUUUGACACAUUUGAAGUAAUGAAUGUUCUUAUCGGUUCCUGAUCUAGUAGUUCUGAUCUUGUAUUUCUGAGAUGUCUUGAGACUACAAUAUAUCUUUUUUUUUUCUUUUUAAAUUAAGAUGAGGCCAGGGGAUAUUUCAAAAGAGCCAACCUUCCUGAUGAUCAUUCGAGCACAAUUUUCUGGAAGACUCUUUUGAGAGAACUUUUUUAACUGGGUUGAAAGUGGCAAGGGGAAGGUAGAAUUACUACAUCUGUAUGACUAGGGGUUAGUCUGUGGCGGCCAUCUAUGGCCUCCUGGAACCCCUAGACAACGUGGGAUAAAAGGCUGCAUUGGUUAAGGGCUAGCCAACUCUAGGACCAAUGAUGCAGCCUCUCUAAUUCAGUUCCACCUUUGUGCUCAGGGCUGAGCCAUUGGUACCUGGCUUCCUGUCUCAGGCUGACCACCUCUUUUGAGGUGGCAGAUGUGGACCCACAAACUGGAGAUGCGUUAAUGGAUAGUACAAAUCACAGCAGGGGAGUGGAUCUAGUGAGCCAGGGUACCACACUCUCUGCAUGAUGUGACAUCAUCACAUUGCUGGGCAUGUUUUAGGCUGAACAAGACAACUUUUGCCACAGGCCUCUGUGUUUUCUAACUGUGUGCCCAAACAAGAAGUAGGACUCCCCCAUGAUGAGGCUGUACGUCCCAUCGGUGAUAGCCCCCACUCCCACACUUGCCCACCCCCACACAUGCAGACACACGGGACAGCAGCACAUGCUGGGCAAGUGUUCAGAGCCAUUUUGCUAAUUCAGACAGAACUAUACUGUUUUGGUUCCCCUCUCAUGAGCAGAUUAUUGCCUAGUUUUCUGUUUCUCAUACUUGAACCUUUAAAAAAUGUCAGUUUGUAAAUUAUUUAUGUUUAGUUAAGGUCACAUGUGCUGUGCCCUGUCAUCUUCUGUAAAGACACUGAUGGUAGGACACCUUGGGCGAGGAGCCCAUCGGAGUGCAGUGACAUUCUCAAAGUGGUUAUUUCUAAGAAAUGACACUAGCUACUUACUUGUGACUGCUGCGUUGUGAAUGUCUGAGUAUUCCCAUCUCUGUCUUGAUUCUGCAGCUAGUAGAGGAUUUGUCUCUGUGUUUUCCUGUUCUGUAUACAGGCUUAUUUUAACCCUACUCCCCGAUUUCCAGUGUCUGUCUUCCCAUCCGGGCUCAAAGGAGCCUGUUACUCAUGACCAGCAGCAUCUAGUAACAGUCUUCGGCAGAUCCCACCAAAAGAACCAUUGUGAAUUCUCCCUGCUGGCUCUUCGCUGUUACUUGGCUAGUGUUAGCAGGGUUAGUCAGUGUCAUGAAAAUAGCUUAUUUCAUUUCUCAGAUUGAACUUUAGAGCUCAGACAGAACAUGCACACAUAUGUGUGUGUGUGUAUAUAUAUGUGUGUGUGUUUGUUUACAUACAUAAGCACACCCUCUUUUUUUUUUUUUUUUAAAGAAAACUUGAUAGCUCUGUGAACUUGAUAGCUCUGUGAACUUGAUAGCUCUGUGAUGCCCUUUUCUUCUGGAUGGAUUUCUCCUGAGGUCAUUUUAUGAUUUCUUUGUUCUUUUGAUCAGUGGAGUUUCCCUGUCCCUGCCAGUACUGAUUUUAGUCAUUUCACUACAACUUGAAGUAUUUCUUUCCCUCCCUCUCUCCCUUCCUUCCUGCAUCUUUUUCUUUCUUUCACUCUUUUACAUGAUCAUUCAUAGUGUUCAUGCUAAGUUUGAUCCCCCUUCCCCUCUUGAUUGAAAAAUAAAUUCCUGUUGAGAGUUGAUCAACCUCAUGCACUGUAUCCUGGAUUUUUUUCUGGUGUGUUUUUCAAAGAAGUCCGUUCUAGCUCUGUCAUUGCUAUAAUAUCUUGUCCUUGCUCAAUCAGUAGUUAAUUAUUGACCAUUCAAACUAACGACCUCGGCCUUCCCAUCUUGACACAGACAUGCUUUCUGUGUGGGCGGGCCAUGUUGUAUGAGGAAAACAUCAAAUUGUCUGGUGUGGGUUCUUUUGCUUUUGUUUUAUUCUAAUCAAGAUUCUAGGAUAAGUUCAGGUUUGGUCUGAGCAUCAACUGAUCUUUUCUGCUCAGAGAACAAAAUAAGCAGAAAUCUUGUGGAAUAAGCAUUACCCAAUUAAACAUAAAGCCUGUUUAUGUAAGAGGUUUCCUUGUGUCUGAAGGCACUGAAGUUCUGAAGAAGCUGUGUCUUUCUAACCUUGAGCUCGUGUGUUGUGUUAUGUUGCAUAGUGUAGUUGAUAGUUCUGUUUGAUAUGUUUCAUUUGGAGAGCAAACUGAAAACAUAAAAGAACAUAUCUCUAGCCACUGUGACUAAGAGUCAGGAUAUGAAAACAAUUUUAGGUUAAAUCUGAGUAUUUCAACUAUGGUCGUGGAAAAAGUUAGAUUUCCUAAAAUAGUUGAUUUUUUAGGAGAAAAAAUCAUUGUGUGAAAGAAUCAUUGCAUAGUGGAGAGUUUUGUUAAUAGAAAAAUUCUAUAAAAACAUAAGAUUAAAACUUCCCAUAUAGUAAAAUAUAUACAUUGCUGCUUUAAAAUAUUUAGGCUGUUCAUCCCUCCCCACCCACCUGUCGACUUCCUCACGGCUAAGCUUGUCUUUUCUUAUCAAAUAGACAAUGUUUGCCUUUCCCUCAACAUAUGAAGACCAUCACCCUGUGUAUCUUUUUCUUCUGGGUACAAAUGUCCUGGGAGAUCACUUGUCCUUUGAUCGAUAUUCAUACUGCCUAGAAAUGAGAAGAAGGGUGAGUGAUGCUUCAGCUAGGACUUCUUGUUCAGAAUAGCCCUCCGGAUGUCCCCCUCCGGAUGUCCCCCUCCGGAUGUCCCCCUCUGGAUGUCCCCCACGGUAUCAUGUACCCAGACGGAGUACGCAUCAUGUCGGCUUCACAUUUCCCUCUGAGACUUGACAGCAAGACUGCUAAGUUCACACUCGGCCAGUUUCAUCCCUGUUUAAUUAGCAACCCCAAGACCACUGAAAGGGGGAGAUUUUUGCUAGCAUUUGACAUUCUAAUAAGAUAUCAGAAAGUGGUAUUAUGUCAUCAACUCGAAGCUAGAAUGUCAGGUUAGACAGGUUUUGUUUUUGUUUUUUAAGUUUUAGUGUAACAUUCAGACAUUUGAACCUACUGGAAUUACCUACUUUAGAGUGAUCUUUAAAAAAACCUUCCCUGUUUAAAAAAUGUUUUGUAAGGGAGGUACCUAAUAGAAUCGAGACUUUGACUUGUAAGCCUUGGGGAAAUCCCAGCCCGUUUAUACAGGGGUACCCUGAAUCUUUCCGAAAUAGGUUUCCAGAGAAAGCCCACGUGUCUUGUAGUUUCAGUCAUCAGAGUGGUAGAUCAGACUUUACUUGCAAUUUGUUCAACAGAGAGAUUUUAUUUUGAUACAAAUAUUAAACAUAAAGCAUAGUAAGUUUUAUAUCAUUCUAUGAGUUCAUUAAACAAUAUUAUGAGAUUUUCAGUAUGUUUUUGGGGUCUUUUUGGCUAUUUCUACCUCUGUACUUUAUUUAGCAUACUAGCAUGUGGCUGCCUGCCUUAGAAUGAUGUAUGGGAGGGGGAAUCAAUAUUACCUUUUAAGAAAUUUUUGAUUUUUAUGGGAUAAUUGUUUUACUAUUUUAAUGUUUGAAAGUGAAGGGGGAAUGGGUGGCAGAUUACAUACAGUGAUAGCUAUUUACAAAUCUAUCGUAUAUUAAGAUUUUAGAAUUGUGAGCAAGAUCGAGCAAAAAAGAAAAAAAGUGAUUGUGAAGCUGAAGGCAGCCUCAGCUCUCCCUGGACGGGCUGCUGAAGUGCAGGUUGCUGUACCCACCCGCAGGGUGGCCACACAGCUGUCCAGGGGGUGCACUUUGAAGACCACUGGUCUAGAGAAAGUCAGGGGGUCCUCAUCUCUUUACUCUUGGGUCAUUUUAGUCAUCCUGACACCACAAGUGGCCCAUCCAUGGAAAAAGCUCUCUCUACCUUUGGGGUCUCUGCUGUGUCUCCUUAUUAGGAUGCAGGGGUGCUUUCAUUUCUAGGGUGAGUUUGUUGUUAGGGACGCAGCUGCCUGGCUGUCGUCUGGAAGCUGUGCAUUUGUGGGAUGUGCUUAGAGUCAACCUUGGUCCCUACACUUGGGAGGGAGACAGAAUUGUGGAAAGAAGCCAUCAGAUGCCCCAAGAGUGCAUUUGCACUUAUUGAGGCUCUUAGUGCAGGAGUCCCUGUCCUAGGGUAGCAGUGACAUGGAGCCUCAGAAACUUUGGGUAGUCCCCAGUUAAUGGAGUCGAUAGCUUUUCAUCUUUUUUUCUUCUUUGUCUUCUUUGGUAUGUGUGUUGGGGGCGAGGGCAAAGAAUUUACUUUCAUAUUAUAUGUUUCUCAGGUUAACAAAGUUAUUUUGAGUUCUCUGCCAUGCCAGCAGGUGUUAGGGAGAGCAUGGGUGUGUAUGUGGCAGAAAAGAAGCAAUCGUUUCUGAUUCCCUUGCUACCUUGAAGAACUUUGUAUGUUUGUAGAAGAAUUGAGGGGAACACACCCCCUCCACAGCAUGAGUGACGCCUAAGUCAUAGCAGACAUGGAUGAGCAAGUUAUUUUUGAGAAAGAAACUUCCUACAGCAUAAUAAACCUGACAGGUCUUUGGAUGUUUUCACAUUUGUGUAUUGUGUUCCAUGUUUAGCCUGGGCUACAGCUCUAUGGGUACUGGGCUCUGCUUCUUGUGUUUAGUUUGGCUUUGAAUUUACUGUUACUAGCAAGAAAAUGAAUCUAUGUUUAAGGUAAUAGAAUGUAGAACAACAUAGGCGUAGAAGUAUAAUACACAGUGGCCAUCCUAGAGCGCACAGUUUUCGAAUUUUUACCCCCAGUACUUACUGCCUGAAAGGCCCGGGAAGCUUUGGCUGCAGGUUGCGGGUGUGUGUGUUCAGCACUGCUUCCUCAACGCACCCCCAGCUCCUAAGGGACUUUGGUUUAUUUGCAAUUUGUCUUGCAUGAUAACCCUUUGUAUCUUUAGGGAGGUCAGAGGACUCUUUCAUCCAGGUUAAAGUCCCAAAGUGUCAAAUAUACUUGAGACUGUUUCUCACCAACACCCCUUCCCACGCACACACGGAGGAACGGUCCUCGAUUUUUAUGUAUCAGGACCUCACCUGCUCCUAUAAAUCUGUAUAUGACAUUAUGUACAUCAAGUACUGUAUCUGGUUUCUGUGCCCGCCAUCUGACCUGAUUGUUUGAAACCCAUAAAGGUACUGGUUAUAUGUGAUAGUUGCAUCCCAGGGGAAUAGAGUGGUUCAAAUACUUUCUCUAAAUUAUAAAGCUAAUGGGGUUUGCAUUUUAGUAGAGUCCUAAUAUUAGUGACACAGGAUCUUUCUUUUUACUGUUUAAAAAAAAAAAAACAAUUCUCUAAAUGUGGUCAGUGAUGGAUAGGAUCAGUCACGUGGUAGAUUCAUUCUGGGUCUUCUAUUGGAAAAGCCUUCAUAAGGGAGGCCAUAUAUAAAACCACCCUGGUCCAUUUGUGUUACAAGUACCACUUAUGCAGCAUCUAAUUAAGCAUAAUCUACGGCAAAAGUAAUAGCAAUGACUAUGUUCCUUUGCAGUAUAUCAUACCUCAUCUGGGAGGCCCUAAUACCUGAAGAGUUUAUUCUUAAAAGUAAAGAUGAUUUUGUACAUUAAGAUAACCCCCAAAGCUGUCCUCCAAGGCUUUUCUUUUCUCCUUUCUUCCUUUCCUCACUUGGGUUUUGGAGUCCCUUAGCUUAUGCUACUUCCUUAAGACAUGUUUUGAGCCCGGGAGUCUAUGGUGUGAUCAUUGUCAGUGAAGUUCUUUUGUUUUAAAAGAUUCAUGGUAACACAAAAUGUAUUUUACUGCUACAACUAAAAUGUAUUUAUAAUAAAAUGCCUUUUUAACAAUUCA